GGAGCGAGCGCCUUUCGCAGCAUCUCCCGGUUCUCCUUUCGCCUGGCCGCGAUGACUCUGUGCACAGAAGCGGCCGUGGCGGCGCUGGGAGGCGGAUCUGCAGCCCAGGCGGGAGGCGGCGGCGGCAUGUCGGAGCCAGCGCUGCAACCGAGGGCGGUCUUCACCUUGCCCAGGCAGCAGUCGCUCGCCUCGCCGCUGGUGAUCAACCCCUUCGUGCAAGAGACGCGCCUGGAUGCAAAGGAUAAAUCCCGGGCUUUCUUGUUCGGGCUGAUUCUGGUUCCUCUCCGUGUCCUAUGCAUGUUCUUCAUUUUGCUGGUGGCUUGGCCGUUUGCAGUCCUGGCAACUUCCUGCACCCCUGAGAAGGGGACUAAGCCACUUCUGGGAUGGCAAAGGAGAGUGUGCUAUGCCAGCCUCACGAUCUUAGGCCGUGCCUUAUUUUUUGUGAUGGGCUUCCAAGUCAAAGUGAAGGGGGAAGUAGCUAGUCCUGAGGAGGCACCGAUCCUUACUGCAGCACCGCACUCGAGCUUCUUCGACGGGAUCGUCUGUGUUCUGGCAGGCUUGCCGUCGACGGUGUCUAGGCAAGAGAAUCUCUCUGUGCCCAUUCUUGGGAGGAUCCUCAGUGCUCUCCAGCCUGUUGUGGUGUCCCGUGUCGAUCCUGAUUCUCGGAGGAACACUAUCAAAGAAAUAACCCGUCGAGCAACUUCAGGGGAGCAAUGGCCCCAGGUAUUGAUUUUCCCAGAAGGUACAUGUACAAACCGUUCAUGUCUGAUCACUUUUAAACAAGGGGCCUUUAUUCCUGGCGUUCCUGUUCAACCAGUGCUCCUUCGGUACCCAAAUAAAUUGGAUACCGUGACGUGGACUUGGCAGGGCUACAAUUUCAAGGAGGCAUUAGUCUUGACUUUGUGCCAGCUGUUUACAAAAGUUGAAGUGGAGUUUCUUCCAGUCUACAUUCCAUCUGAGGAAGAAAAGAAGGAUCCAUUCCUUUUUGCCUGUGGAGUCCGUAACAAAAUGGCAAGGGCUUUGGAUGUGGCCACUACAGACCACACGUACGAAGACUGCCGCCUGAUGAUCUCGGCCGGACAGCUGACCUUGCCCAUGGAGGCAGGAUUGGUGGAAUUCACCAAAAUCAGCAAGAAACUGAAUCUAAAAUGGGACAGCGUCAGAGAGCAGUUGGACCAGUUUGCUGCGAUCGCCAGCACCUCCAAAGGGGGCAGGAUUGGAAUCGAGGAGUUUGCCAACUACCUGAAGCUGCCCGUCUCCGAUGCUCUCGAACAGCUGUUUGCCCUAUUUGACAGGAAUGGAGAUGGUACCAUAGACUUCAGAGAGUACGUUAUUGGUUUGUCCGUGGUUUGCAACCCUGCCAACACAGAACAGACCAUUCAAAUGGCAUUUCAGCUCUUUGACGUCGAUGAAGAUGGCAUCAUAAACGAAGACGAAUUUAGCUUAAUUAUGCGUUCAGCGCUUGGGCUUCCUAGCCUUGACGUUUCUAAUCUGUUCAAGGAAAUAGACGCUGACAACUCUAAAAAGCUCUCCUAUGAAGAGUUCAAGGAUUUUGCUUUGAAACAUCCCGAAUACGCCAAACUGUUCACAACAUACCUCGAGCUACAACGUUGCCAAAUAUUUCCAGAGACAGAAUUUACCGGUACUUGCAGCACGCCGACUGUGAAAACCCCAGUUUCAGAAAUUGCCUCGGUGCCAAGGAAUAAAGUUUGUCCUCAGGCCAGUGAUGAUGACCAUUCCAUUGUCAGUGUCUCUGAUAAAAAAGAAGACUGAAUCUAAAAGGCCGAAUAUAUUUGUGUAUGUGUUGAUGUUUUGUAUUUUAUUUAUUUUUAAUAUAAAGAACAUACGGAUUUUUAUCUUUUUUUUAAAAAAAAGCCAUUUUAAAAUUUUUAUCAGAGAAGGCAAAGAUAAAAAAAUUAAUUGCUUAAAAAAUUAUCUAACUAGUUUUAAUGAGUCAAUUAUUCUAUUUAUUAUUUUUAUUUUUAUCACUUGGGCUGCAUUAAUUGCACCCCUGUUUCAUUGGGCUGCUUGCACUGAGGCAAAAUGCAAUACAAUGGUUACUUUCUUGGAAAGAAUGCCAUUGAUUCCCCACCCCCACCCCCGCCUUUGUGGCAAAUGUUUCCAAACAGUUAAGAACUAUUUCUGGACUAGCAAACAGGUUGUGCUAAGCUAACUUGGCCUUUUGGAGCAGAAGUGGAAAUGUAAGAGAAUAAAUUAAUAGGGUUGGACCUUGCAUUUGGGGUGACCUAUGUAUCAGAAGGAAGAUUAUGCUGUCUCCUUUUUUAUAGUUGUCCUUGUCUACCCCUUCAUUCUACCCCCAGAGUCUAUGCCUUCCUCCACCUUCCUCUUCCCUUCUCUGAAUUAGUAUCUGAUUUCAGUUCUGUGUACUGAUUGGUCUAUUGGAUGACCACCUUGAUUGACUCCCCCCCCUUUGUUUGGAAAAAAGAAAGCACAUCAUGACUGUAAUAUGGGAGAAAUCUGGUGGACUGUACUCUUUUAUCCCUCACUUAAGCAGGAAGAAGGUAAGAGAAGGUCCUUGCUUGGGAACCGCCUCACUCCCAUGCCAAAACCAGCGCUAAGUCUUCCAAUUGGAUAUUUGAUGUGUUGACUGAGCAGAUGACACCCUCAACAUUCUGGGACAGCUGUACAAGGACUGUAUCAGUCCCCAAAAUAGUCAUAAUUUUGCUCCUCACUGUUAUUCCAUUUGUGGCCCUCUUGAGGGUCAUUUCCCAAUUGACUAUGUCUGCAUUGUACCUACUGAAAAACCAGGCGGGCAUGUAGCUCUUCUGAUACCUUUCUUGACCUUUGUCCUGGUGUUAACUUCAACCGGGGAGAUGGUAGGAUAGAAAAGGAGGGUGUAUAGAUUGAGAAGAGAAAAUCCUCCAAACACUGAUACAGAUCUGUAACCCCAUCCUCAAGGAGCUGCAUUUGUCUUUAUUUAUUUCUUUAAUUCAGGAGAUCUAAUCACCAUGUCACACUAGCUGGUCUGAUAGUAUCCUCACAGCCAACUAUUUUACCAGCCAACUAUUUUACCAGCCAACUAUCUUUGAAGGUUCUUCAGCAGAGUACAUUUGUCUAUAGAAUAAAUGUUUGUGUGUUCAGAAAGGGGAACGUGCUCACUCAGGGGAUUUUGGCCUUGUAACUAUACUGAAAAGCCAUUUUACAAUAUUUUUGCACUCUACAAAAUAUUGCCUAGUAUUGUCUAUCUUAACCUAACAAAUGCCUGUCUUGUCCUUAUCUGGCCACCUUGGUUGGAAGCGGUCUUCUGGAGUGGAAACUAUGUGAAUAUUAUAGGAAAUAAAUUAAAAAUAAAAUAAUAUGGUUUAUUUGCA